AUGUAUACGUUAGUAAAUUCUAAUUUUAAUCGCACGUAUAAUCCGAGUGGAAAACACAAUGCUUUAUCAGAUAUAAAGCGAUUGUUAACUUCUCGCCAUACUGAAGCUCAAAAUAAAGCUUGCGGUUAUUUGGUAGAAGUAAUAAGCCGUUAUAAUAAAAAUUCUAUUGAACGAUCUCGUAUGGUGGAGUACCUCCUCGACAAUGAUAUAACUGUUUUUCUAUGCGAAGCCACAUCCAAUUUGGACUUUUUAUUAUUCAGAUCAGUCCUAGAAUGCGUGCGACUGCUAUGGUGCUCGCGGCAGUUCUUCAGCGAGGGGCACGCGGCGCACGCCAUGGCAGCGGUUAUGCGUGCGCUACCGCACUAUGCGGGCAGCGGGCUGCGGGCUGCGGUCGACGUGUGCUUGCACUUCUUGUGCGACCUGCUCGAUGGAGUCAGCGCCAACGAGACCACUCCACCUCUAUCCAACCAAAGUGCUUACAGCGCUGAGCAGCUGUUAGCUUGCUUGAACUCCUUAGCUCCAAGCAUCAACACCAACCCAAAGAGCGUGAUAUCCAGCGCUUUAGUGCUGCACGCUUUAGUCUCCUACCAGCCAGAUAACCUGGCGCUGCGGGGCAGUACUGCCACAUUGCUUACUGAGGUCUUGAAGAACUGGUUUGUCCUGCUUUUGGGAGCGCUAAAUCAUGCAAUGCUAGUUGGGGACGGAGGAGUGUCAGGGAUGGCGUAUGUCGUUGUGUGCCAACUGGGUAUGGACGCUUUGGGACUAACAAAGUGCCUCUACCGAGAGAAGCAAAACGUGGACUUCGUUCAGAGCAUUCUAACAGAUGAACACGAGAUAAACUUGCUGAAAGAGAGCGCCCAUGAGAUGAAUAAAUGUAUCCAGCAUAUUAUGACCGAGCUAGUUAUUUUUACCAAGGACAAUCUAAACCAAAUAACUACAGAAGAAUACAGCGUGUUCUUGAAGUUUUUACUAAACUUUUUUCACGAAAAUGCGAAGCGAGAAGUUUUAUACGAUUUCUGCGACAUGCUAUUUUCGAAGAACUAUUUGACCAUGUUGCCUCACACUCAAAUCGCAAGGAACGACAUGGCCACGCGGAAGGUCAGCACGUUGAUACUUGGGGAAAUGCUGAAGGUAUUAUCUAACAAGUACCUUAACUUUGACGACUCGGAUUUGGGAGAUGAUAACCCUUACUCCAGGGAUAUACAAAUGGGAUUAGUAGAGCUCCAGUGUGGGAUCGAGAAGCCACAGAGUAUUGGUGUUCAGCUCCAGAAGGGACAGCCCUACAGCCUACUGAUCUACAUAUACUUCUACUGCCAGUCCUUAGAGAACCCUGAAGAAGCGACCGCGGCUUUACUUCCACACUUGGUAGAGCACGUGCUCCGUCUCCCCGCUCGCUUCAAGCCACCGCCCUACAUCGUCAAAGCCUUGUGGCUGGUUUUUGCGAUGUCCACAGUAUCCAACGGGUCUCUGACGUCAUUGGAUGAGCGAGUGUACCUUGAGAAGGCUACAGACCGCCUCGUGGGCAUGCUGCUACCAGACCCUUCAGUGUACUACACACACAACCCAGCCAUACUGUUGUGGGCUUUCACAUCGCAGAGAAUCCCUAAUUAUGUCAGGAUUCACGUGCUAUCCCAAUGGCUUCAAGCCGAAGACGCCAUCCCUAGCGAGCUUACAACCAUCCCGUCAGUAUGGGAGCUGCUCCUCACCAUUCUGGUCCGCGACAAGAACGCAACUAUAGUGGAGAACUGUACAGACGCACUGCACACCUGCCUCGAAGAAGCCAGUGAGGAGGACAGGCAAGCGUUUGCGGGAAUGGUGUGGGUGAUGCUGCCCAACGCACUGUCUAAGACUCUGAUAGACUAUGAGGCUGAAAUAGAACCAAACAUCUGCCAUUUGCUGGAGCUAGCCACUACACUGCUACCCUCAGAGCUGGACCCGACCCUCUGCCUCAAGACAGCCGUGCUCAUCACGACAGUCUUCUCCAAAACCCUGGAGCACCCCAGUGAGGGCACAGAAUCUAGGUUCUACUACGAAUACGUGUGCUUGAAGCUCAGUCUGUAUCUGCUGGGGUUGGCUGACACUAAUAAUGAUAAUAGAGUUCUGCUUACGUACACAAACCGCGCGGGCUUUCUGGCCAGCGCGCUGGUGGCCGCCAACAGUACUGACGAGCGCGUCGCGUGCGCAGCGCUGCAGCUGCUGUCAUACGUCGUGCACUACUUCACCAGGAACCAUUAUGAGCCAAAAACAGUCCUCCAAAUUCAAACACAAUGCAUAAUAAAAUCCCUUCGGCAAGAUAGCACGAGUGAGCGUGGAGCUUGCUUACUUCAACUGGUGUACACUGUUCUCAACUCUGGGGCUAAUACACCGUUGGUUUUGGCUCAAGAUCUGGAUGUACAACCGUCUGUGGGCCAGCAAUGUAACGCGCUGAGGGCUCUUAUGUUCAGGAUCCAACUGAUGCUGUGCUGCAGGGAUUCUGAAACCCAAACGCUCGCUGGCUGGAAGACCUUAUCAUCCAUAUUCAAAUAUGCUAUCGUCUCCAAAAACGACACUAAAUUAGUCGCCACCCUUACAUCUCAACCAUGGACACACACACUCAUACAAUUCCAACUCACUCAAAAAGUCACUCUGGAAUUCCUUACCUUCACUCAAAACUGGCUGACACUCCUGAAAAUAACUCUGAAGAAAAGUCAAGGAGAGAAGAAAAGGCAUCUCUCGAAACAAAGCUUGAUAGUGAAAACUUUGCUGUUGUUGAAGAGAAAUCUUAAAUUGGAAGACGAGACCGCGGAAAUGAAACAGAAGACUCUGGUAAUUGUGAAAGAGAUAUUGGAAGAUUCUGGAAUACCGGGAAUAACUCUUAAUUAUUAAGUUCUAAGCUUUUUGAUUCUGAAAUUUAAGAAUCAAAGGUCUGAUGAAAAGAAGGUAGA